AUGGCAGCUCACCUCCUGCAUCACCGGGGCGAAUUCUUUCACCGGGGCAGCUAUGGCUUACGGCCACAGACCACGGCUCUGCAGGCGUCUCCGUUCGGCUGCGACCAAGUGCAGCUGACGCCGGAGAAGUUCCAAAUGUACUUCCGCACAGGUUGGCAGGCCGAUCUGGGCGGGGUGUUUUUCAGCAACCGGACUGACCUGGCUGGACGACACCCUGGCAUCUACAGCCUUUGCUGGUGCGAGAACAGCCUCCCGGAAUGA